AUGGAGUUACUUAAAGAUUAUGAUGUGACCAUUCAGUACCAUCUGGGCAAGGCUAAUGUGGUGGCAGACGCUUUAAAUCGAAAAGUGGUGAGUAUGGGUAGUUUAACUUGCUUGAGUGUAUCCAAGCGACAUUUAGCUAAAGAAAUUCAGACUUUAGAGUCUAAGUUCAUGCAAUUGGGCAUCUCAGAAAGAGGUGGGGUGAUAGCUAGUAUUGAAGUAAGGGCCACUUUCAUUGAAGAGAUCAAGGCCAAACAAUUUGAGGAUGAGAAUUUGGAGAAGUUUAGGAAGAAGAUUGUGAUUGGAAAGGCACAAGAGACCACUCUUGAUGAUGAUGGUGUACGCAUUUUCAAAGGGAGAAUAUGUGUUCCUAGAGUAGAUAACUUGAUUGAAAAGUUGUUGGCAGAGUCUCAUGCGUGGCUGCUGCAGCGGGUUGAUGGUCGUUGUGGCAGGUACGACAAGACUCAAAAUCGUAAACGAAAGACGAAUAACUCACUGUUACACGAAAGCCGCUGGGGCAGGGGUUCUGGUCGCUUUGGCGGGGCCGCUACAACAGGGUGA